UGUGCAGAACUACUUCGACGUCCAAGCUUCUGAGGAAGUCAGGAACGCGUUCUCCACUGAUAUGGUGACAUCUCCCAUCUUUCAUCUCUUUGUAUGGCAGCAUCAUGACAUACAAGAAGUUCUUGGAGGACAAUUCCAGCGAGCUUUCCACUCAGAUCAAUCAUGUCCAAGGUUGGUUCCUGGCUCUGUACUAUCUUCUCAGCCAGCCUCAGGGAAGCCCAGGCCGUGGCGAGGUCAUGAAGCGGGUGCUCUACAUGAGAGAUCUGUGUGCAAACCUUGAUCCCAGCACAGUCUACUACUUCUCAAACCCAGAUUUUCUUCCAAGCGGUGAGAAGAUCGCACAAGCAAUGGCAAACGUCAACAAGCCCGUGGGGGCGCUCGAACGCGUCCGAGUAAGCAAGGAGGAGAUCAAGGAAACUUUGAGCUGUGAUGUUCCCAAGGAUCUUGAAUACUGACUGAGAUAGCAUUUCCUCUUAAGUUGACUUCCGUGUUUUGAUCAAAAUCAAAGUGAACUUACAAUUUAUGUCA